ACAAUCAAAAAGCUAACAAGUAGAAACUCCUUUUCUACACCUAAUUAAUUUUUCCCCUUUUGGCCUAUGCAAAAGCCGGCCUGCAUUUAUAUGUACAGCUUUAAUUAAAGAAACUUAUGCUUCAAUCAAGGACACUGAAGCUUUACUACUUAGUGCUGAGUCCUGCAGUGAGAGGGAAGAAGUAGAGGUAUAGCAAUGGCAGGUGGAGUAGGAUAUGGUGAACGUUCUUUGAAGGAGACUCCCACUUGGGCUGUUGCUCUUGUUUGUGCUGUGUUUGUUAUCAUCUCUGUCAUUAUUGAACAUGGUAUCCAUUCCCUUGCUCAGUGGUUUCAAAAGCGGCAAAAGAAAGCCAUGUCUGAGGCUCUAGAGAAGAUUAAAUCUGAACUUAUGCUGCUGGGCUUCAUAUCUCUACUUAUAACAAUAGGUACAAAGCCCAUCUCUAAGAUAUGCAUCCCUGAGAAAGCUGGCAACAUCAUGCUUCCAUGCAAAAAUGGAGCUAAGAAUGACGAUGAAAAAGACAAUGAUGGAAGAAAAUUAUUAUGGUAUGCUGGAGAUGCUAUGUGGCGCCGAGUUCUGGCUCCGGCAUCUGGGGAUGAUUAUUGCUCUAAACAUGAUAAAGUAGCAUUGGUUUCACAGUCUGGGGUGCACCAAUUACACAUCUUCAUAUUUAUGCUUGCUGUGUUUCAUGUGCUCUAUAGUGUAGUCACCAUUGCUCUGGCAAAGGCCAAGAUGAAGAAAUGGAAAAAGUGGGAAGCGGAAACAACUUCUUUGGAGUAUGAAUUUAAUAAUGAUCCUUCCAGGUUUAGGUUCACAAGACAGACAUCUUUUGUUAGGAGGCAUACAGGCUUCUCCACAACACCAGGUCUUAGAUGGAUUGUGGCAUUUUUCAGGCAGUUCUUUGCUUCUGUAACAAAGGUUGAUUAUCUGACAAUGCGACACGGAUUCAUUAAUGCUCAUUUUGCUCCAAACAGCAAAUUCAACUUCCAUAAAUACAUCAAGAGAUCAAUGGAAGAUGAUUUCAAGGUGGUCGUCGGCAUUAGCAUACCAUUGUGGACAUGCUCCAUUGUAUUUCAGCUUCUAAAUGUUAAUGGACUGUAUACACUUCUGUGGAUUCAAUUCAUACCCUUAUUAAUAGUUGUCAUUGUUGGAACAAAGCUGGAAAUUAUUAUAAUGGAGAUGGCUCAGCAUAUCCAAGAUAAAACAAGUGUGGUGAAAGGAGCCCCUGUGGUGGAGCCUAGCAACAAGUACUUCUGGUUCAAUCGCCCUGACAUUAUCCUUUUCUUGAUCCAUUUCACCUUAUUCCAGAAUGCAUUCCAGAUGGCUUACUUCUUGUGGAUAUGGUAUGAGUUUGGAUUGAAGUCAUGCUUUCAUGAGAACUUACCAGAAAUUUUGACGAGGGUCAUUCUAGGUGUAGCCCUUCAAUUCUUGUGUAGCUAUAUCACCUUCCCUCUCUAUGCUCUAGUCACUCAGAUGGGAUCUCACAUGAAGAAGGCAAUCUUUGAAGAGCAAACAGCAAAAGCUUUGAAAAAAUGGCAGAAGGCAGCAAGGGAGAGAAACAAGCUGAGGAAACCAACUGCAACAGCAGAAGUUUCAACUGGGUUUAUGAGUCCAGAUCAGACAAGUACCCCAAGCAGAGGCACUUCACCUAUGCAUUUACUUCACAAGUAUAAAAACAACUACUCUGUAGAGCUGGAAAGUGUUGUGACCUCUCCUAGAGCUUCUUGCCAUUCUGAAACAGAGAUGUCAGAAACUGAAGGUCCUUCUCCAUCCUCCACUUCCAGGGAUGCCCAUGAACCCAGAAGAGAAAAUCAUCCUAGAGGAAUUGUAGAGAGCCAUAAUGAUGAUUUCUCCUUUGCUAAUCACUGAAAUGCAUAACAUAGUAGGUAAACCUUAAAAUUGCAAUUAAAAAGCAAUUAAUUCCAACCAAAUAUUAUCCCACACAUUCAGUUUGACUAAAUUAUCAUUUGUCUCACGUAUUUAUUUCAGUUUCAAUAACUUUCUCUUGGAAUUUGGAAUAA